AUGGAACAGAAGAUCUCACACAGCGGGCUGUUGGCCCGUAGUCCCGAAGGCCAUGCAGCUAGAGGUAUGCAAAUCAAGGGAAACGAGGACCUUUGGGUGGAAAUACAAGCGAAUACAUUCAGAAAUUGGGUGAACGAGAACCUCCCUCAAGAUUUAAGGGUGUCGGAUUUGUCCAAGGAUCUUUGCACUGGUGUAAGGCUUUGCUAUUUGGUUGAAGCCCUUAGGAAAAAGCCACUGAAACCAUCUUGGAAUAAGAAGCCAAUGAACCAACACCAUUACCUCGAAAAUGUCACUUGUGCCUUAAAUGCCAUAGAACAGGAUGGGAUAAAACUCGUUAAUAUAGGUAACACAGACAUAGUAAACGGCAACUUAAAGUUAAUUCUGGGCCUGAUAUGGUCCCUGAUCGUCCACUACCAAAUCGGAAGAUCGAAAUUCCCGCCGAGAAAACUGAUGUUAGCUUGGCUGCAAGCCGUUUUACCGGAAUGCAAAGUCACCAACCUCACCACAGAUUGGAAUUCCGGAGUUUUGCUCUCCGCCCUCGUCGACUACUGUCGCCCGGGGCUCUUCCCGCACUGGAGAUCAUUAGACCGAAGCAACGAGAUAGAGAACUGCAGGAGAGCCAUGGACAUAGCGCAGAAGGAGCUGGGCAUCCCGGCGGUCCUGGAGCCGGAGUAUUUGGCUUCGCCGUGGCUGGACGAAUUGUCCGGCAUGACCUACCUGUCUUACUUCAUGAAGCCCGGCUCGCCCGGCUUCUACGCCACUUUGAGAUGGGUGAACUCCAGGCUGGAGCGGGCGGUGAAUAAUUUCACGACCGAUUGGAACGACGGAAGGGUAAUCAGCGAGGUGAUCAGGUCCUUGGGAGGAUCGGCGACGGCGCCGGAGAAGUUGAGGACCGAUCCUUCGUAUUGGGAAACCAAUCAAGCUCAAGCCAUCGAAGCUGGAAAAAGGCUAGGUGUGGAUCCCGUAUUGUCGGCGAAAGACAUGGCCGAUAGAAACGUGGAGCACUUGGGUGUAAUGGCUUACGCAGCUCACUUCCAAUGGGUACCUGAACGUCCUCCUCUGCACGAUCUGAUCAACGUCACGCUGAAUUCUACCUCCGGAAGAGUCGGCGAACCGACGUACUAUCAAAUCACUCUUCUCGACUCAUCGCUAUCCUACUCGCAACUGUCCACCGAAAUCAGAGGACCGGACAACAAACUCUACCUGGGCAACAAGCUGCAAAAGGGCCAAGGCACCUUCCUGCCGUCCAGGGUUGGCAUGCACGAGAUCGUCGUGAAGUACGAAGGCGAAGAGGUCCAAUCGGGCCACUACUUCAGAGUGCUCCCGCCGUUGAUCGAAGUCCUCCCGCCCGGCAUGGCGCCCUGCGCGCUGGGCUCCAUCGUGCAAGUGCUCGUCAACGCUACAGGUGCUCCGAAACGGGAGGACAUCCUCGUGACCGCUUACAGCCCGAGCGGAAGGCCCCUCGACUGUCCUCUCACGGUGAUCGAUGGUACCAACAGCGCUACGUUCAAGCCGGACGAAGCUGGCGAGUGGAGGAUUGAAAUCACCUAUCAGGGAAAACAAAUCCAAGGAGGUCCGUUUACUUGUCAGGUUUUUGAUCCCAACGGGGCAUUCGUGUCCAACUUGGAGGGAGCUCUUCCGCUGAUCCCCCACGCUAUAGAAGUCGAUUGUAGAGCUGUAGGAGUACCCGGGGAAGUCAUAGCUGAUAUCGUUCACGACAAAAAAUCGGUUCAUUGCCACGUGGAGAGAUUGGAUAGCUUCCAUUACAAGAUUCAUUUUACGCCCAAAGAUGCAGGAAAACACAGAGUGUACGUUUAUUUCAAUGGAUACGAUGUAAGGGGCUCGCCUUUCAUGAUGAGAGUGGGUACCCAGAAACGGUCGAAAUCCAGCAGCAGUCCCACGAAUUAUCGAGCCAGUCCAACAAACCGAUACAACAGCCCGAGCCCAAACUUCACCAGCCAGUCCAAAAACUCCAACUACACCAGCUAUCGACAAAACGCUAGUCCUUUAUUGGAGGAAACGCACAACUUCGCGCAGGAUUACCACAUGAAAUCCGUUGCCGAAAAACGGAUGACAUCCAGCUCACCGAUUUACCCCGACAGAAACAGCCCCAGUCUCAACCAGAGAACCCACAGCCCGGUCUACAGGACAGCGAGUCCCAAUUACCAACCGCCCAGCCCCAACUACCAAUCGCCGAGCCCCAGUUACCGCCCCACCAGCCCCUUACAAGGCCGCGACAGCCCGGACUACAUCACCAGCAGGAAGCUGAACGAGAAGCGCUUCGACUUCUCCAACAAGCUGGCGUCGAUGCGAGUGGAGGAAUCCCGGACGGAAUCGCGCAGCCCCAGCUACAUGGAGCGCUCGAGCCCCGACGUGGGCUACACCACGUCCACGAGGUACGACAAGCGCGUCACCGAGAACCGCGUCUACUCGAACUCCUCCACUAACGGCAUCGACACCACUCCCAUCAUCAAGGUGUCGUCGAUCAACGACCAGUCGUCGGCGGGGCGCCGGGACUCGUGGGACGCCAUCGCGAAGACCAGGAACGUCCUGUCGGAGAGGAGCCUGGAGUCGCUGGCCAAUCUGACCGAGUCGCAGCUCGACCGGAAGGCGGAGGAGCACUCCAAGUUCAUCGUGAAGGAGCACAGCUACAGGAACUACAACGAGAAUUACUCGACGAAGUCGAAGUUCGGCGACGGCUUCGGCAGGAGCUCGCCGGUGUACGGCAGGAGCAGGAAGGACGGCGGGGCGCAGGCGGUUAGAGUGCAGACCGUGCCCGACGGGGUGUUGGGGCAGCCGGUGGAAUUCGAAAUUGAUGGUAGCGGAGCUGGUUCUGGUGACUUGGAAAUCCUGGUGGAAGGCGGUCGAGUGACUUCUAGCGUGAAAAGUUUGGGAGGGCAGCGGUUUAAGGCGGCUUUCACUCCGCACCAGGCGCUGUCUCAUAGGGUGGAUAUCAAAUUUAAUGGGGAAACGGUGCCAGGCAGCCCUUGGCAUGUCAACAUCAUGUCGAACAACGCCGCCCUAUCCGUGCUGGGCGAGGCGACGCGCCUCGUCCCCGCCAACGCCGCCGCCGUCUUCGAGAUAAUCACCGCCUCGUCGACGCCGCCGACGGAGCUGCGCGUGCACGUGGCGGCGCCGUCCAAGCGGGCGGUGGCGGCGCGCGUGCUGCCCGGCUCGCGGCCCGGCGUGCACAGCGUGGAGUUCGUGCCGACCGAGAUCGGUACGCACGUGGUGGAGGUGUCCGUCGACGGGGAGAAGCUGCCCUCCGGACCGCUGUUGGCUAAAGUCUACGACGCCGGGUUGAUACAGGUGACCGACGUGGCCGGCGGCGUCGUCGGACAGCCCGUGCAGUUUAGAGUGGACGCGAGCCAAGCAGGCGAAGGCCAGCUGGAAAUCUCCAUAAACGAAGGCGAAGUCCCCAAUCACGUCCAAGUGGUGGGCGGCGGACGAUGCCUCGUCUCGUUCACGCCCGACCAAGUCAAGCCCCAUCUCAUCGACAUCAAAUUCAACGGCGAAACCGUCAGGGGCUGCCCGUUCGUCUGUCCCGUGUCGGACACCAGUAGGGUCACCCUGUCCCUCUCCCACCUGGAGCUGGUGCCCGUCAACCAGCCGAGCUCCUUCCACAUGGGCGUGGCGGGCGGCGGCGCCGCCGAGCUCGCCGUCGCCGUCCGGGGCCCGGUGGGCGAGCUGCCCGUCAAGGUGACCGGCGACAUUCACUCGGGCUUCACCGCCGAAUUCACGCCCGUGCAGGUCGGCGCCCACCAGAUCAGCGUCGAUUACAACGGGCGGCCCGUGCAGGGCACUCCAUUCAUCGCCAAAGCCUUCGAUUCCAACAAGGUGACGGUGGGCACGGUCGCCAGGGGCACCGUCGGCCGGCCGGUGACCUUCUCCGUGGACGCCUCCGAAGCGGGCGAGGGCAACCUGGAGAUCACGAUCUCGGCGCGGGGCCUGAACAUCCCGACGCAGGUCCAUCCGCAGGGCAACGCCCGGUUCGCCGUGAGCUUCGUGCCGGCGGAGGCGUGCGAUCACGUCGUCAGCGUGGCGUUCAACAAGCGAGCCGUGAUCGGGUGCCCGUUGAUCGUGAGCGUGGGCGGCGGCGGAACGGGGCCGAGCGUGGCCCUUCCGGGACCGGGGCCGGUGCACAAGCCGAGCACCCUGCUGAUCAACCAUCCCGGUCGGCUGGAGGACAUCGAGGUCAAUGUCGAGGGCCCCGGAGGUCAAGCGGUACCCACACAAGUACAACCGCUCGGCAACGCUCAAUUCCGAGCCGAAUUCGUACCCAGAGUAGUCGGAGAGCACCGAGUCAACGUCACAGUCAAUGGAAUACCCACAGUCGGCAGUCCCUACGCAGCCAAAGUCUACGACGUGCAAGCCAUCAAAAUCAAAGAAGCCGCCACCGGAAUCGUCGGAAAACCCGUCACUUUCCUAGUGGAGACCAGCCAAGCGGGCCCCGGCAACCUGGAGGUCACCGUAAACGGCGGGCUGGUGCCCACUUCGGCCCAGGCCCAAGGCCCUCACACGUACGCCAUCUCGUUCACGCCCCGGGAGGCUAUAGUCCAUUCCGUCGACCUGCGUUUCAACGGCCAAGAUGUACCCGGCAGCCCGUUCAAAUGCUCCGUCUCGCCCGCCGCCCGAAUCCUCGCCAUCGACACCUUGGACAAAGUCUCAGUGGGGAAACCUUGCACGUUCGUGGUGGAGAGCCCCAAUCCUCCGGUCGUCGAGAUCCUCGGCCCCGCCAGACGAGCUUUAGUCACCAAAAUCAGACCGCAGGAGAACACCGUGGGGAAGUUCGAGGCGAGCUUCACGCCGAUAGACGUGGGCGAUCACAGCGUGGAGGUGCGCCUGCAGAGCGGCCACAUCGACGGCAGCCCGUUCCUCGUCAAGGCGUACGACGCCAAUCGGGUGACGGUGACGGACAUCACCGACGGCGUCGUCGGCAAGCCGGUGUCGUUCAGCAUCAACGCGUCGCAGGCGGGCGCCGGCAAUUUGGAGAUCAUCGUCGCCGUCGGCGGCCGGAACGUGCCCAAUUUCGUCCAGAGCGAGGGCAACGCCAGGUUCAAGGUCAAUUUCAAGCCCACCGAGGCCGCCACUCACACUCUGAGCGUUAGAUUUAACGGGCAGCCUGUGCCAGGAUCGCCGUUCAACUGUAAAGUUAGCCCGGGUAACACGCAGCCGAGAAUUCCGGUGUCUGGAAGCGGAAUCGAACUCUCGGCAGUCGGACUACCGGCUGAAAUCAAGAUAGAAGGAGUCACCGGAGGAGAUCCCCAAGUGGUGGCGACGGCGCCCAACGGUAAAUCCCUGCCGACGAAGCUCAUCGUCAACGGAGACAUCUACAUCGCCCGGUUCAUUCCGGAGACGGUGGGUCGCCAUUCGGUCGCCAUACUGAUCAACGAUCAACACGUCAUCGGAUCCCCGUUCAGUUGUAACGUGUACGACGUGAAUAAGGUCAUAGUGACCGGCCUGCCCGGCCGCAAAACCGAUCUGAUCAGAUCCAUAAACGAGAUGAACCUCAAAGAUGUGCAGAGUCCCGCGGAGGUGGGUAAACCGGUGACGUUCAGCGUGGACGCCGCCCAAGCGGGAGAGGGUACUCUAGAGCUGGUGGUGUCCACCGCGCUCACCACCAUCAAAGCGGAGGUGGUGGCCUGCGCUCGGGGCUUGUACGACGUCACUUUCGUCCCUCUGACGGCCGAAGAUCACUACGUGAACAUCACCUUCAACGACAUGACGGUGGGCGGCAGUCCCUUCCAUUGCAGCGUGGUGGAAUCCACGCGGUACUUCCAGAUCGGCAGCACCGCUUACAUCGACUUGCCCAGCGACAAUCACAGGAUCGAAGUCUCGGAUCCCAACAAGCAUCACGUCAAGUACGUCGUGAACAACUACAAAGGGGAGUUUACUCUGACGCAAACCGGUACUUACAGAGUUAAUAUAUUGAAGGAUAAUGAAGUGGUAGCCACUAGAACCUUCCACGUAUUCGAUACAACGAAAAUAGAUGUAAUCAACGCUCCGGAAGGUACUUGCCAUAGACCUGCAGCAGUCGGUAUAAAUACCAACCGAGUCGGACCUGGUAAAUUAACAGCUGCAGUAAAGGUCGGCAACAGAGAUGUUUCUCACAGCGUCAGGCAGAGCCAGACCAAUCCGAAUAUGUGGGAAGUGGUGUUCCACCCGGUGCAAGCGGCGCCCCAUCGGAUCACCCUCUUCUACAACGGCGUGCCGAAAUUCGGGGUGCUGGAGAUCCCGGUCAAAGGGCCCGGGAACGAGCCCUGGGCCGGCGGAUUGGGGCUCUACCAGGCUAAAGUGGGUAAAGUCAACGCCUUCCAGCUGGAGACUCAAGGCCGGUCGGCCAGGGAAUUCGACGUGGUGGUUAGCGGUCCCACGGGGUCCGCUUUACCGGUGAGGUGUUAUCAAACCAAAACCGGAAAAUUACAGGCCGAAUUCACCGCUAGAGAAACCGGAGCGCACAAAGUCGAGGUGCUGCAUCAAGGCAAACAUCUCGUCGGGAGUCCGUUUACUUGCCAAGCUUUUGAUCCUGAUAACGUUAGGAUUACCGAUAUUCCCACAUCACAAGGAAACGUUGGAGAUAAAGUUUACUUCAACGUAUCAACCAAAAACUCCGGUGUAGCUGAGUUGGAUGUCCAAGUGACCAAUCCAAUACAUCAAACUUUAACUGUACAGAAAAAUACUACAGAUGAUAUCUCACAAAUUUCAUUCCUGCCGGCUUUAGCGGGACUGUAUCAAGUAGCUGUAACGUUCGGAGGCGUUCCGGUCAAAGGCUCGCCUCUGGCUCUCGGAGUAGGGCCCGUCGGACCGACGCCGCCUCCGAGGGCGGUGGGCAGAGGGUUGGAAAGCGGAAGGGUGGGCGAAAAGGCGAGUUUCAUCGUAACCAGCGCUCUGCAGCCCAGGGUGUUCGUCGAGUCGGUCGAAGGGAACAUCGACGUGCAAAUCCAGACCCACAAACCCGGCGAAUACCACGUUUCCUACAUGCCGAAAUGGGUGGGAACGUACGAUAUUAUUAUUAGCAUUGGGCCUAACGAUCUUCCGGGCUCGCCGUUUAGACCGAACAUAGUAGACCCUUCGUCGGUGCGAAUCAUCGGAGGCUGGAAUCAAUAUUUAGACGAUUCCGGCCGCAUUAAACUCCCCGCCAAGCUAGCAUUCGACACCUCCAACGCCGGACCCGGCACCAUGGAAUGCAAAGUAUCCGGCAGGAGAAUCAACCCGGACAAAAACAACUUCAGAAUCAGAUUCGACCUGUCGGGCGAAGGUUUAAGCCCCGGCGAGCACGACUUCGACAUCAAAUACGGCAAUUUCCCGCUACCCGAAUCUCCGAACACGAUCCUCUGCCAAGGGGAUCAAGUGGUUCUAACCGGCAGGGGAUUAGCGCACGCGCAAUGCGGCGAACCCGCCGUCUUCACCAUCGACGGUUCCAAAGCCAGCAUCGGCAACCCCGAAGUAACUCUACACGCAGCCGACACCAACAUCCCAAUCCCCGUCAUGAUCAGCCUGGCCGGCGACAAAAUCUGGAAAGCCGCCUACACGGUGAACGUGCCCGGCAACUACCUGCUCUCCGUCCUCUGGGCCGGCAGGCCCGUCAAGGGCUGCCCCCUGUUCGUCGAGGCCAAGGGCGGCGCCGACGCCUCCAAGGUGCUGUGCUCCGGCGAGGGGCUGCGCCAGGGCGUGGUCGGCCGCGAGAUUCGCUCGUGGAUCGACACGCGGCGGGCCGGGCCCGGCGAGCUGACCGCCCAUUGCGCCGGCCCCAGGAAGGUGGCCUACUGCGAGUUGUACGAUCACGGCGACGCCACGUUCACUCUCAACGUCAAGCCCCAGGAGUCCGGCAAGCACGCGCUUACUAUCAAGUACGCCGGCCAGCACGUGCCCGGCUCUCCCUACACCCUUAGGGUGGCCGGCGCGCCGGACCCGUCGAAGGUUCGAGUGUACGGUCCUGGAGUCGAGCACGGAGUCCUGGCGACGUUCCAAUCGAGGUUCAUUUGCGAUACACGAGGAGCGGGCGCCGGGCAGUUGACGGUUAGAGUAAGAGGCCCCAAAGGCGCGUUUAGAGUGGAAAUGCAACGGGAAAGCCAAAAAGACAGAACGAUAUUGUGCAAGUACGAUCCGACUGAACCUGGAGAUUACAGGGUGGAGGUGAAAUGGGCCGGAGAGCUGGUGCCCGGUUCGCCUUUCCACGUCAUGAUUUUCGAUACACAAGAAGAACUGAAGCGGUAUAUCAAUUCGUUGUGA